GGCACAGUUGCGCUGCCGGUGGGGCGGGCGCGGAGCGGUGCGGAGCUGUCGUGCGCGGUCCUGCCAGCAGACAUGCUGCGAGUGCGGUGCUUCCGUGGGGGGAGCCGCGGGGCCGAAGCGGUGCAUUACAUCGGCUCGCGGCUUGGAAGAGUCUUUACAGGAUGGGUGCAGCGAUCUUUCCAGAGCACCCAGGCAGCUACCGCCUCCCAGAACACCUUUGCUGCUAAUGACAACAAGGCUACUAGCCCUGUGCCUAAGGACUGUCUUGUUUGCUCAUACAAUGAAUGGGACCCACUGGAAGAGGUCAUCGUGGGAAGAGCUGAAAAUGCUUGUGUCCCACCUUUUUCUGUGGAGGUUAAGGCCAACACAUACGAAAAGUAUUGGGGAUUUUAUCAGAAAUUUGGAGGCCAGAGCUUCCCCAAAGACCAUUUAAAAAAAGCUGUUGCUGAAAUUGAAGAGAUGUGCAAUAUUUUGAAAAGAGAAGGUGUCAUUGUCAAGAGGCCUGAUCCGAUUGACUGGUCUGUGAAGUAUAAAACACCUGAUUUUGAGUCUACAGGUAUGUAUGCUGCCAUGCCAAGAGACAUUCUGUUGGUGGUGGGAAACGAAAUCAUUGAAGCACCUAUGGCUUGGCGUGCUCGGUUCUUUGAGUACAGAGCAUAUAGGCGAAUAAUCAAAGAUUAUUUCAAGCAGGGUGCUAAGUGGACAACUGCCCCCAAACCCACAAUGGCAGAUGAGCUCUAUGAUCAGGAUUAUCCAAUCCGCUCUGUUGAAGACAGGCAUAAACUCGCUGCUCAGGGAAAAUUUGUAACUACUGAAUUUGAGCCAUGCUUUGAUGCUGCUGAUUUCAUUAGAGCUGGAAGAGAUAUCUUUGCACAAAGGAGCCAGGUUACAAAUUACAUGGGCAUUGAAUGGAUGAGGCGGCAUCUUGCACCAGACUAUAGAGUGCAUAUAAUUUCCUUUAAGGAUCCUAACCCUAUGCACAUUGAUGCCACUUUUAAUAUCAUUGGACCUGGUCUUGUGCUUUCUAACCCAGACCGUCCCUGCCAUCAGAUUGAGCUCUUCAAGAAAGCAGGCUGGACCGUGAUUCAACCCCCAGUGCCACUCAUCCCAGAUGAUCACCCACUGUGGAUGUCUUCUAAAUGGCUCUCCAUGAAUGUCCUAAUGCUGGAUGAGAAACGUGUGAUGGUGGAUGCCAAUGAGACAUCAAUUCAGAAGAUGUUUGAAAAUUUGGGCAUUUCUACAAUUAAAGUGAGUAUCCGCCAUGCCAAUUCACUGGGAGGUGGUUUCCAUUGCUGGACGUGUGAUAUCCGCCGCCGUGGUACCCUGCAGUCUUAUUUUGACUAGUUAGGAGCCACAUAGGUAGCAGUGGUUCAGCUUCUAAAAUAAGCAUAGGAAAUGAACAAGUUAAUUUCACUUUUGUUAAAAUGACUACAUGAGCUUUAGUGCUUGAUCCAGUGGUCUGGUAAAUGAUUUAUUCUUACGUCCUCUUUACUUGCAGCAGUAUAAUUGAAGCUACUUCCAGCAGGUACAGGUUCUCUGGCUCCCUUUUUGAAAGACAUCCUUCAUCUUUUCACAUUGGCCUUGAAUGUAAAAACUUGACAAGAUAGCUAAAAGCCACUAAUUUUGGACAUCUACCUCUGUCUAGUUACUCUAUCAAAUAGGCAGCUUGAAAUGUUAAACUUGAAUGAUCUUUUUUAUUCAUUUUAAUCAGUCUAUUGUUCUAAUAUAUUUGUGUUUAAUGAAGUUAAAAUAGAUGCAACUGUACAGAUCUCUUAUGGAACCAAGUAAUUUUAUAAUGUUUUUCAUGUUAAGCCAUACAGGUAUUUACAGAGAAUUUCCAGUAUGAUCUAACUUUUAAGAUACGUUCACUUGCCACGUCCUCCUACAUUUUCUUCUGAUGCAUGUCAUGGAUUGAAUACUUUUUUAUAUUGCUUUUUGUACUGCUGAAAUUGGUUUUUAUUUAACUUUUAAGUGUAGAAAUGAUAGCUAAUAUUUUGCUUGUACAGGUUUCGCCCUGAAGUGUUUACAUAACUUAAGCACAGAACAAAAAAAACCCACCAGCAACACUUCUCUAACCCUAAACCUCUGACAUCUUACAAUCCCUUCUUCCUUCAGCUGUAGCAGAUACAGGAAGAUGUAUCAAACAUGCCAGAUGCUGGGAAGGAAUUUGAGUAUCGAUUACUGAAUAUGUACUUUUUAUGCUAAUAAAGGUUUUUUUUGCAUUCCCAA